AUGGCUCCGAGAAGAACAUCCGGUGGUGGUGCGGCAAUGAAACAGAGCACCCGCGCUCCCCGGCCUUCCAACGCUGGCAGGAGAAAGUCUCGACCAGGAGAUGUUCAGCCCGGCGACCCGAUACCCCAAAGAAAGGCCCGUCGGUACCGGCCUGGCACUGUUGCGCUGAAGGAAAUCCGACGGUAUCAAAGUAGCACAGAGCUUCUGUUGCUCAAACUGCCUUUCGCCCGACUUGUUCGCGAAAUUGCCCUUACCAUGCGACCACACGACGACGGGAUGCGGUGGCAGUCGCAAGCCAUACUAGCGCUGCAAGAGGCGGCCGAAGCUUUUCUCGUCCACCUGUUUGAGGAUACGAAUCUGUGCGCCCUGCAUGCACGGAGAGUUACUAUUAUGCGGAGGGAUAUUUGGCUGGCGCGGAGAAUACGCGGCCUCUGGGGUGGUGGUGGCCGGUAUUGA